CAGCUAGGGGGCAUCCGGGGCGGGGCGGGACGGGACCAACAGCGCAUACUUAAGCAGCCCGGGCGGGUACCCGUGUCUCGCCGUGGCUCUGAGGCGCGUCUUUCCCGCGCUGCGCCUGUACAUUCCCCGCUUCGCCCCGCUGUCCAUGGCGCCGGCCGCCCGCGAGCACCCCGCCGCGGGCCCAGGGGCCGUGCCAGGAUGUGGGUCGGCCAGGGCAGUGCGGCCGCUGGUGCCCGCUGUGGACUUCGGCAACGCGCAGGAGGCGCACCGGAGCCGGCGAAGCUGGUAGCUGGCGCGCAGCCUGCUGGUGCUGCGCUUGUGCGCCUGGCCAACGCUGCUGGGUCGCCACGAGCAGAUGGAAGGGGAAGACCCUGCAUUGGGGUGGCAUUAAACAAGAUGAGAUGCACCGUGGACCUGCUGGACUGGAGCAGCCUCAUCGACAGCAGGACCAAGCUCUCCAAGCACCUGGUGGUCCCCAACGCACAGACAGGACAGCUGGAGCCCCUGCUGUCCCGGUUCACCGAGGAGGAGGAGGAGCUACAGAUGACGAGGAUGCUACAGCGGAUGGAUGUCCUGGCCAAGAAAGCCACAGAGAUGGGCGUGCGGCUGAUGGUGGAUGCCGAGCAGACCUACUUCCAGCCGGCCAUCAGCCGCCUGACGCUGGAGAUGCAGCGGAAGUUCAAUGUGGAGAAGGCGCUCAUCUUCAACACAUACCAGUGCUACCUCAAGGAUGCCUAUGACAAUGUGACCCUGGAUGUGGAGCUGGCUCACUGUGAGGGCUGGUGUUUUGGGGCCAAGCUGGUGCGGGGUGCAUACCUGGCCCAGGAGCGAGCCCGUGCAGCAGAGAUCGGCUAUGAGGACCUCAUCAACCCCACGUACGAGGCCACCAACGCCAUGUACCACAGGUGCCUGGACUACGUGCUGGAGGAGCUGAAGCACAACGCCAAGGCCAAGGUGAUGGUGGCCUCCCACAACGAGGACACAGUGCGCUUCGCUCUGCACAGAUAGAAUCUCGCUCUGUCACCUAUGCUGGAGUGCAGUGGCGUGGUCUCGGCUCACUGCAACCUCUGCUUCCCAAGUUCAAGCAAUUCUUCAUGCCUCAGCCUCCCAAGUAGCUGGGAUUACAGGCAUGUGCCACCACGCCUGGCUAAUGUUUUGUAUUUUUAGCAGAGACAGGGUUUCACCAUGCUGGCCAGGCUGGUCUCAAACUCCUGGCCUCAAAUGAUCCUCCCUUCUUGCCCUCUCAAAGUGCUGGGAUUACAAGCAUCAGCCACUGUACCCAGCCUUUUAAAAAUUAACAUCUGACUUAUUAAACUUCACAAU